AUGACUAUGAAUUGGUCGGCUGGUGAGUUCGAGUCCCUUUACAAUGGCAUUGAAAGUGGAGAAAUAGAUCGUAAAUUGUUUGAUGAAGUGCUAUUAGAUUUGCAAAGUUUGAAUUUAAAUGAUGGCAAAUUCAAGAACAGUGAUAGCCGAGCUCGAUUAGAAAAGGGUGAAAUUACUUUAUCAGAUGGAAACACGUAUAAGAUUAAUCAGGAUUUUAUGAUCGCAGCGAUUGCAGUAUCUGACGAACUUAAUCUAGACGAAAUGGUUGUAUGCGAGAUUAUGCUUGCCGACUGUAACGUUGAGAGUUUGGAAAAGGAUGAAGGUAUUGCGUUGGUUAACAAAGCCAAGAUAAACUAUUUUGUUAGAAGACAAUAUAUUUUGCAAAUUGUGACAUUUCUGGUGAACUACCUUGAUCCUGAUAGCCCGCUUUAUAUCGAGCUGUUGGCAAAUGGGAAGUUAGUAUCCAACAUACUGAGAGCAUUCGGCUAUAUUCAUACACAGCUAGGUGAUAUCAAGCAGUCCAUUAGCAAGGCAAAGAUUCUCGACAGUUACCAUGCAUUGGCACAACAGAAUGUCAAAUUCAAACAAGAUUUUCUGCUGAGGGAGUAUGACAUAUUGAGUCAGAUUCUUCAUGGUUUGAUGACCAAAGGAGCCUUGAUGAGUAAAGAACAUUUAACAAAGAUAAUAAGCCAUGUUUCCGAGAUGCAAUCAAAUGAUUUCUUCAUAAUAUAUUACCUGCCAGCGAUCUUUUACGCUUUUGGUAACAUGAACAAACUUCUAGACCAAGAUGUAAGGUCUAUUCAUGAUGAAUUUUUAAAGGAUCUAAAAUCUCAAAGCAUUUACACAAAACCAGUAAAGGUCUCAUUGAUCUUUGUCUUCCUCUCGUACUUCAUUGGCUGGUGUAAAUUAGAACCUGAAAAGAGGGCCAAUACUAUGGAUUUUGCCGUGACGGUGGACGAACCAAUGACUAGAGCUGUAGAAUAUGGGGCGAUCGAGCAAUUAUUAAUUUUUGCCGCUGAUACUUCUCUAGUAGAGAGAGACGCUAGUAUCGAUCUUUACUAUGAUAUGAGAUCAUUGCUAGAGCGUCACAUCCCUAGGCUGAUACCCAUCCAGUUGACAGACAAUCAAACGGAACUUCAACAGCAGCAACAGCAACAACAACAAUUUUACAGUCAUGCUCCUCUACCUGGGUCUCAUAGUAAUAGUUCACAGCAGCUGAAUAAUGACAGAUCUUCAGCUGUAGUACUCUCGAAGCAAACCAACUCUUUUUUCCUGGCAACUUUUCACGAUGUUAUAAGAACCAUUAUUGCGGACUGCGCAUUCUUGCUUACGAAGAUUAAGGACGCAGAAGAAGAUUCACUGUUAUCGGGAGAAGAUCUUGAUCUAGAUGACAUCGCCUUGAAGGCGGAUUUGGAAAGAUUCUUCCUCACGAUUUACUAUUUCUACGCGUCGAGACCUGAUUACUCCAAACUAUUUUGGCAGGAUAAGGAAUCAAAUGCUUAUGGUUUCAUCGAAUGGUCGGCUAAAUGUCAUGAUAGUUUAAUGAGAUCAUGCUUUUACCUAAUGAUUUCCAGUUUAUCUUACGGAACCGAAAACUCUCUAAGCGUUUAUCACUACUUUGUGGCUAAUGACAGUGUCUCAUGGAAUAUCAUUGCUCAAUGCAUUAGCGACUAUAUCGUAAAGAUCAGUAAUCUGACAACACGAGUUCAGCAAAGGCAACAAAAACAGGACUCAGAGGAAAUAGACUCUACGUUAGUUGCGUUAGAAGAUGGCCUGAAUGAAGAAGCUAUCAUUUUCAUUUCUUCAUUGUUCACUUUGAUUGGAUCAGUUGCAAAUGACGUUGACGAGGAUAUUAAAAGCACUCUGUCGAACCUCUUCGCAGACAUUCUCUUUGAAUUCGCAAAAUUGGACACACCUCUAAUUGGAGCAUGCUUGAAAACGUUAAGCCAUCUAGUACCCAACUCAGAAUCAAAGAGAUCAAACUUCUGGUAUUCUUUAGACUCGUUAAUCUUCAAGUCUAGUCAGUCUGUAAUCACCCCUGAUUCUUACAGAGCAGCCUUCACUUCGACUUUUACCAACUUUUCCGAGGUUGUCGGCUUUUUGAGCCUUUUCCAAAAACUAUUAUCCAUCAAUUCCAUGGAUAGCGACAGUGGUUACAUGUCCUUUGGUAAACUUGCAUUCCCAAGUAAACUUGGGCGUGGAUAUAGGAAAACAGGCAUCAGUCCUUAUCUCGACUACAUUUUCCAAGAAAUUUUAGUGCACUCCAAUCAAUUACAAGAUUCUUUCAAGACAAGAUGCAUUCAAUUGCCCGUCCUGAGAAUUGCAGAGGACGCCCUCCGUUCGUUUGACUAUAAUGUUAUUUUGAAUUCGAUUCCAGCAGGUGCUAAUCUUGACCGGUUAGUAGACACGGAAGAUUUUGCGUCUUAUGUUCAGGAAUGCCCAGCAACAAUUGCCUUCAACUACCUUUUUACAGAAAAAGUCUACAAAUGCAUUUUGGAUAUCGCUUCUAUUGGGGUUGACAGUAUCAAUAUUGACUUGGUCGGCGAACAAGAGCAAUUGCUUCUCAUCAAUCUAUCUGUUAAGGUGGUGGGUAUUGUCUUGGAUUUCCAAGAGCCUUAUGUUGAAGAAUUUGUGCCAAUCGUGACAAAACAAGGUGACAUAGACAGCUUUAUACCAAAAGAUUUUGGUUUACACGGAUUGCGUUCUUUUUAUGACGCUUUGUUCUUCAAUUUAUCAGUUGUUGCCCAUCUCGGCUUAUAUGUCGGCUUAGACAAUUUUGAACUAGCAUCGAACUCCUUACAUUUGCUUGAAAAGCUUGCAAUUCGUUAUACAGGUGAGGAAUCCCCAUUUGCCGUAAAGAGUAAGCUCUUAACAAUAUUCGAUUCUGUGGAUGAGUCUGCACGCAUCAAGGAUGGAUUCAUAUCGCAAAUCGAGAAACCGAUUGAUUGUGAGGAAGCUCUCACUUUGAAACUCGAGCUCCUAGAUUUCAUCAAUGAGAACUUGUCAUUCACGGAUCCUACUAUUACUAUCUCUCACUUCCUGCUAGGUUUUCAAGUCUCUAAUAUUCUCUCCACCGGACCUAAUCUAUCAACCUUCAUCAACUCUGAUUCUUCCUUAUUGAAAUCCAUCAUGGCUUUGCUUGAAGCAUCUCUCGAAAACGUUAAUCAAACCAGGAUAGAUUGCGCUCCAAUGAGGCUAGCCGCCUCAGCUAUAUGCAUAAUAAUAAAACUUUGUCGUAAUCAUGUCACUUCCCGUAUGGUCUUGGAUUACUUGGCGACACAUCGGCUGUUCGAAAGAAUUAUAGAGCUCGAUCCUCAGGUUGACGCGCACACAUCGUGGAAUGGAAGGGUUUUCGACGUUAAGAAGGCAUCUAGAGCUAAGGAUUUCAUCCAAACAGAGUCCCUAGGUGCGUUGUUAUCAUUCUUGAGCUAUAGAAGCGAUUUACUCCAGUAUUUUAGUUUGUCCAUUCACAGGCUGGCUUCGAGUGGAAGAAAAUCACAGAUACAAUCCCAGAUUGAACUAUUGACCUCGAACACCCUCCAAUCUGCAGGAAUUUUUUCCAUGCUAAGCACUCUAAACUAUGGAGAUAUACCCGCACUCGAGGAUUCUAUGGAUUCUUUGACAAUAUUUAAAACACUUCCGCUCAAUUUGGAUGCUGUGACCCUGGGGAAUAAUUGCCAUGGGAACAUCUAUAACUAUUAUGCGAUUGAUUCACUGGCAAGAUUAUCGUGGAGGUUCAAAAGGGAGUCCGCAACUGCUCCCGAGAAUCGCAGCUUAACCUUUGAACAGGUCGCACAGGAGAUUGACGUUAUACACCAGAACAUCGCUUAUAUUUUGGCUCGUCAGACGUUCACGAAACGGCAACUGUGCAUCCUGCACUCAUGGGUUCAACUAGUAGAAAUCAUUGUAUCAGAUGGUGAGCUAACUGCUCUUGAUCGUUCAAGCUUUAUUUUGGAGGUGUUUGGAGCCACAAUACCCAAAAUCAAUGAUUAUAUUGAGUUUGAUAUAUCAUUCUCAGAGGAGCUGGUUUCGCUCGCUGUCACAUUAUUUGCAGUCUAUCAGAAAGAUCGUGUUUCAAUUGAUAAUUUCCAAACCGUCGACACCAGGCUUUACAAUCUGUUUAAAACAUGCAUUUACGGUAUUAACUCCCCACUAUCAUCAUUUUCUAUUCGAUCAGAUUUUUAUGUGCUUGCCAAUAGCUAUUUGGUAAGAGUACUUGAAGACGAGAGGCUGGCGAAGCAGAUACUACAGGGUCUAAAGAUGAACAACGAGGUGCUUGUCGAGGUUAUCUGCAAGGACACUAUUUAUGGCCAAGGGACGAACAGGAUAACGAGUGUUUUUUUGCUGGAUUCCUUAGUUCGUCUAGGAGACCUCAACAAAGGUAAUUUCAUAUUAGACUCCCUCACGAAGAAUACACAGCUACUUUUGAUCAUACGUUCCAUAAAGAACACUGACUCAUUGUUCAGCUCUCCCGGAAGCGUCGCCAUCGAUGAUCUUCUAUACGAGCUAACUGCGUUCAAAACUGUGGUCUAUUUGUUGAUCCGCAUUGCUGAGAGCCGAAAUGGUGCUAAUGCAUUAAUUCAGAAUAAGUUAUUCCGAGUAAUUGAGGAUUGCCAAUUUUUGAAGCUUGAUCCAGAUCUCGGAUUAGAACUAGUAUUCGAUGAGCUAGCAAUCCACAACUCCAGCUUUAUGUCGAUCAACGUCAGUUUGGAUAAACCGCUAUUCCUUGGAAAGGAUGCCAAUGGGAUAUCCCUUUUCGAAUUAAUUGUGCCCGUUUUUCAAUUGCUUGCUGCUGUCCUGCUGAGUAUGGGAAGCUCGAACGCGAUGGUUAUUAAUGAGGUCAAGAAACUUCUCAUUAAAUACAGACGGCUGACGUUGGGAGUUAUGAAGAGGGAUGCGCUAAGAGACACAAACGAAAAGUACAGUUCCUCGAACUCCAAUCUCGAAGGUCUGGAAAAGAUGGUAAAAUUGGUCGUACUACUUUGCACACUAACGGGUUAUCACGGUGAAGAAAGCUAA